CCUUACAAGCUUUCCGGCAUAACAAAUACCUAUCAUAGGGUCACACCUCUUUUAAAAAGAGAGGAACCUUUUCGUUUAUUGUUCCUCGACGUCUUCAACUACCUUUGUUCAUACUGAAGUUAUUGUGUUUGAUACCUGCUAUUAUUGGCGUGAUUGAUAAUCUAUCAAAAGCAUUCGCAAGUACCAUCGCCCCUAAUGAACAUUCAGCUAGCAUAUUUGAGCACAAAAGUACACCACUCAUUCAUAAAGUAGCUUUACUAUGGUGCUUACUAGCAGGUUAUUGGAGUUGGAUCUUCACCACAAGCAUGUUGAAUCGAUGGCUUCUUCACUAUGAGAUCAGUAGUGUCAUCGUUCGUCUCAUCACCCUCAUUGUGAUCAAUUGGUCUGUAUCAGCAUUUCUUGGCUCUCAUUAUGGCAUCGAUCAGCCUAUUUGGAAGUGGAUGACCAUAUGCCUUAUCUUUUUGGUAUCCAAUCUGUUAAAAAAGAAAUUUGCUGCUACGACAACACCGUUAAGAAUGGAAAAUACUACGAGUACUACUGCUACUGGUAGUUUGAUUACCAUGGAUUUCGAAGAUAGUAAAAAACGUGGAACCACUCAUCAACGAUCCACGAUGGUCCGUAUUCUAAUUUUGCCCUUGACGAUUGUUGUCUUUAUCACCAUGUUUGCAUUACUUUAUCAAGUGGGGCAAUUAAGAAAGGAAUCGGUUGUACUAGCAGAAAAGCGUAUGGUGGUUCCUGUGGCUGAACCUCAUCCUGGGCUCAACAAUGACGCCGAAGUACGUGUGAUGGUAUUUGUUCUAUCUGCCUGGACGGCAAAAGGAGUUGUCAAAAGAAAAGAGUUUCGUGAGACAACACUCCAACUGAUGCCAAAGGAUGAUAACACGAAAAUAUCCUACAUUUACAAAUUCAUUUUGGGUCAACCUCCGAAAGACAAUGAACUCGUCAAAAAGAACGUCAUGCCUAUUGUUGAGAAAGAAAUGGAAGAAUUUGGGGAUCUUUUGAUAUUGGAUUGCUCGGAUCGCUAUGAAGACCUUAGUAGAAAAGUGUACUCGGCAUUUGAAUGGGCGAAUCAGUAUGAUUUCGACUACUUUAUAAAGACGGAUGAUGAUAUCUUUGUUAGAUGGGAUACUAUCAGUCAAGAAUUAGAGUUAGCUGGAAGGACAAACCGAUAUUGGAGAGGGUUGGCUUACUGGUAAAAAUGAAUAUACCUCCAAUUCGCGAUACGGGUAAUAAAAAUAGUGAAAUGGUUUAUCCACUACCUAUCUUCCCUCCAUUUACAGCAGGUGC